AUGUUUAAAGAAAUCCAACAAGGUUACACUAGAUUCGGUAUCAGUGAAGAUGAAAUUUGCCCCAGUUGUUACAACGCGCGACUUAUUAAGGUAAGAAUAAGUAUAUAACUCAUCAUUUAUUCCUUGUUCUUGGUGUUGUUGAUAUUUUUGGAAUUGUUUUUUUUUGUAACACAGACAGUAGUUUGCAGCGUUUGGGCUUACCUUUACAAUGAUAUUUUUGAGACGCUUUUUUUGUACAAUCGUAUAAAAAUUCUAGUUGUCUAUAUCACCUCCCGGUCAGCUCGAUUGGACAAGCGCCGGUCUGCCGAGCGGUAGGCCGCUGGUUUAAAUCACGGCCGGACUAACACUCGCUUCCUUACAUGGAACACAUUAUCACUCCCAACGCUGUCAACCUAAUCUAAUCAAACACUUGCUCUAGACUUUUGAUAUUGUAUUUUUGCGUUAGAAUGAAACUUUAAAAACUGUUAAUAAUUCGGCAGAUGUACAUCGAACUCUACGGUUCUGAGCAGCAAGAUACAAUACCUGACAAAAUUCAUCUGAAGGUGCGCCACCUAAGCGGAGCUCAUUUCCUGGCAGGUGACAAAAAGAUUAAGAAUUACCGCCAGCCAAUAACUGACUACAGGAAUCUCAAGUUCGAUCGAUUUACCAUCAGCAAUGACAAGGAGUGUCGCAAGGCAAAGAAACAGGGGAAAAAUUCAAGUAAGCAUUCAUAAUAGUAGUUUAAUUUUAAAUUUUAAAGCACUCCUUUAUUCGCAUUAAUGACAAUAUCCUAAGGCCCCGUGCACAUAAUGCACAUAAUGCAAUUUGAAAACGGAACUUUAUUUUUCCGGUUACGCCUUCCGUCCACACUAAUCCGCACACAUCCUGAUAAAUUCUCCAUCGAAAACGGAACUUUUCGAAAACGGUCUCCAGAUCUAGAGUGGAAGAAUUUAAAAACGCCGGCUAGCGGUAUUAGUGUGGACGGAGAACAUUUUGAAAACGGAACUUUUCGAAACGGGCGAUGCUCGGCGACACGUCAUGAUUGUCAUGUGAUUUCAUUGCCCAAGUCUUCCUAGGUUAUAAAUCCAACAUGGCGGACGACGAGAUCAUAGUUUUUUUGUUGUCCAUGAUAUCAAGUUUAAUUACGUGCUUGGAGUUAAAUAUCGCACUUUAUAACAUGUAUGAGAGAAAUCAAAGGCCUUCGAAGUUUUGUAGUCGCCUGUGACAUUCAACAACAAUUUCACCUCGUCAUCAGACCAUGAAAAGUAUUCGGUUUUGUUUUUUUCUUCCGUAGUAUUAUUCUUAAGGCUUGACAUGCUGGGUAAAUUAAAAAAGAUAAUAACCUCUUUCGCGUAAACAACAACGUCACAACGUUCAAAUAUGGCGGGAGUAAGGAGAAGUCGGCUAGAAGCCGACUUCUCGGCGGGCUCAACGCCUCGAUAUGCGCAUGCUCAAAGGUGCGUUUAAGCGUUUUUGACGCCUCUGAUCUUUGUAGUGUGGACGCAGACAGGAGCUCAUAUGGGCUCCUGACGCAGAACAUUUUAUCCGUUCUCAUGUGUGGACAGCAAACUUUUGUUUCGUUUUCAUUGUGAGAGUUCCGUUUUCAAAUUUAUCCGGCAUAGUACUAUACUUGCAAGAAAGGGACAUUUUACUCGAGUCUAAAACAAAGGGAAUAGGAAGCAAUGGCAAGCAGGCAGUAACUGAAUGAUCAAUUCAGUACAGUCUGUGGAACGUCCAUCAGGGGACACCCUCGGGAUCAAGGCAAUUAUCCCCUGAAUAGAGGUGUUCCCUUAAUGGAAUUUGGGCCGGAAUUUUGUUGAUAAUUAACCAACAAAUGAAAUAUUUUUAUUUUAUUGUACCUCGGAAUCUGCUACCGUCAUUAUUUUUCAGCAGUUAGAUAAUGUAUCUAUAUUAAAAAAAUCACGAUUAACUUAUCUCUGCGAUGUUGUGUGUUGAAUUCCUACAAGUGCAGUACAUCAAUUUAAGUGAUGUAGCUCGUGUAGUGAAAGUUGUCGCCACUGUGACUGUCAGUCACUUUUCAAGUGCUAAGGUGUCCCCUGAAUGGUGGUUGAAUCCCGCAAAAGUGUCCCUUUCCUCUUAAUAGAGGUGUCACUUCAUUAGAACUAACAAAUACAAAGAUUAUGCGAACGUUUUUCUGGCGUCAAAUUUUGUGUCCUCUGAAUAGAGGUGUCCCUUGAAUAGAGGUAUCCUAAAGGAAAGGUUCCACUGUAUUAGUUUAUAAAAAAAGGUAGCAAUUAUCAGCGUGCACAGAUCAAGGAAAAAUCGUUCUGAGUCGACAGGCAGUGCGUAUUCUUCAGGAAAGGAGAGAUUCCUCAUAAUUUCUUAGCGCCUUGAUAAUCUGUUAUUCGAUUCAUCUUUAUCAUCCUUCGACUGCGAGUAUUCGCUCAUUUUCCUCAGGGAUAUAUGUAGUAAAGCGAACAUGAAAAUCGCCACACAUUCACUCCCUCUAUUAUCCCUGAGGAAAAUGAGCGGCAACUGUUAGACUCUAUCAUCCCCUGUCUUAGGGUACUGUGUCGAAAAGGACGAUCGUCGAUGGGAACCGAUGUGCAGCCACCCCUUAAAUGGUCCAACCGAUUCUGGCUUGAUGAUGGGAAAAGAGGAGUGUACAAGUCCUUCUGGUUAUUACGAGCUGUUUAUUCCUGUGGACAAGAAUCUAGACUGCAGUGCCACUAGGAUGAAAGACACCAACUGCAAAGAUCUUGACGUGAGUUUCAGCUCCUGAAAAUUCUCGUACAGUGCAUCGUUAACGCCCGGCAGGUUGUUGAGCGUUUUUAAAAGCACCAAAGCGGAAGUUUUCUUGUGGUCUUAGUUUCCUGUCUUAAUCGCAGAGGGUUAAAUCCCGUUUGGCUGUCUUGGAUUAGAAGUUCCGCGAAUUAUGAAGCUUUUAAGAAACAUCUUCCGCGGUAUUAAAUCGGCAAUGCGCGAAGAAGUUAUGUACACCAGAUGCUGAGAACACGCUUCCACCGCCAAUCGGCUUAAUUUUUAUUAGUUUUGCCCCUUUGAACUUGGUUGAAAUAGGCAUCUGUCUUUUGCAAAUCAUUCCACUGCAUUUUCGACCAUCGUUUACGAGAGACAGCGUGGCUGAUUGGUCAACGCUUCGAACUCGGGUUCGAGUCCCGCGCUCCGACCACUGGGCGGAUUUCAGUUUAAGUCGCUUGGGGUUCAACUCCUCGGCAGUGCAUGCAAAGGGACUGCAUAACCAGCUGACGACGUUCUUCUAGUUGGUUUUUUUUUUAACCCUGUCAUGUUAUAGUUUUGAGAAAAAAAAAACGACAACAUUUUUUAAACCAAAAGUUUGAAAUCAUGAAACACAGAAUGGAGUUUAUGAUAAUGCGAGAAAACUGUUACAACAUAAUAAAGAAACGCGAAAAUGUGUGACUAUAAAUUCGACUCUGUGUUUCACGAUUUCAAGCUGAAGAUGACAGUUAACAUGUCUAAGUAUAAAAGUAUUGGUUUUUUUUCGUUUAUUUGUUUUUUAUUUUUUGGUUAACUUAUAAUUAGUCUGCAACUCUCCAGACCUACUGUAAUGUUCUAAUUAAAACACUUGUUGCUAAUUAUUGAACAGAAAUGAUUGUAAAAUUUCUGGAGCUGUUAAGUGCACUUCCACUCUAAAAAAUAUUUUGUUUAUUAUUUCAUUUUAGCUGACGAAGUUCACUAAGAUGAACGUUUGGGUGUAUUACUUGUACUGGUCGAACAAGUAUCCUGUCGGACCUGAUGACCCCGUAUGUCGUGUUGCAACGAUAAAACGGAAUCAAACAGAGAUCGUCAAACAGCAGAUUCCUGAUGCCCUAGAAGAAGAUAAAGAAUGA